GCCAGUACAUAUUAUGUAGAUAUUUAUUCCUAGAUACCGCAGAAAGUGUAGAGUCUCAAUGUGAAAAAUGUUAACUUUAGUAGUGAUAUUAAUUUCCUUAUUCCUUAUUGCGGCAUUUUUAAACGUUUAUCUCUCUAAAGCUGCCUUCUUGGACAUCAAAAGCAAUGUGUGUUUGGUGAACAGAACUGCUUUGGUAACUGGAGGAAGCGCCGGUAUUGGAUACCAAUUUGUUCUCAAAUUGGCCGCAAGAGGAUGCAGAGUGAUAAUAGCCGAUAUAGUGGUGAACGAGGGAAUAAAGGAAUCGAUUAUAAAAGAAACUCACAAUUCAAAUAUUGUUUUGCAUUAUGUAGACUUUAGUUCAUUUGCAUCGGUAAGAAAAUUAGCUGAUGAAUUGAAGAGAACUGAAGAAAAAAUCGAUAUAUUAGUGAAUAAUGCUGGUAUCGGAUUGUGCACUGAUAAACUCACAGAAGAUGGUUUGAAUUUAACUAUGCAAGUUAAUUAUUACAGUCAUUUCUUAAUAACGCAUUUAUUAAUUGAUCUAAUUAAAAAAUCGGACUACAAGAGAAUCCUUUUCACAUCAUCGUUGCUCUGUUACUCUCACUUGCUCUAUUCGGGUAAUGUGACGUCGCAGGAAAUAAAAAAUCUGCCUUACUAUUUACGAUUGUUUGAUUACUCUGCGACAAAAUUUUUGGCGGUAGUCGCCGCAAAAAUGUUUGCUAAAAAAUUGAGCAAAUGGAAUAUCAUGUGCAAUGCCUAUCACCCUGGAGCUGCUAAAACUGCAAUUUGGCUUAAUACGGAAGAUAUAAUAAAAGAUCUAAUAAAAAAAUCGGACCACAAGAGAGUCGUUUUCACAUCAUCCAUGCUCAGUUACUCUCACUUGCUCUAUUCGGGCAACGUAACAUCGAAGGAAAUAAAAAAUUUGCCGUCCUGUUUGCGAUUCAUGGAUUACUCUACGACAAAAUUUUUGGCGGUCGUCGCCGCGAAAAUGUUCGCAAAAAAAUUGAGCAAAUGGAAUAUCAUUUGCAAUGCCUAUCACCCCGGUGUUGCUAAAACUGGAAUUUGGCAGAAAGCGGAAGAAGUAGUCACAUCAGGUUUUCCCAAAAGCAUUCAAUCAGUUGAUGCGGUAAAAGCUUGUACCACUGGUGUAGAAUUAGCAAUUUCGGAUAAAUUCAAGAACACGACGGGUCAAUUUUACGGUUUGGGAUUCCAGAUAGCUCUGAAAUUAUCCUCGAGAGGAUGUCGAGUCCUGAUAGCCGAUAAAUUGGUGAAUCCGGAGAUUAAAAACGCGAUAAUCGACGCAACAGGCAAUCCCGACGUCAUUUUGCAUCAAGUCGAUUUCGGAUCGUUCAAAAGCGUAAGAGAAUUGGUCAAGGUUCUAAAGAAAUCAGAAAGCAAAUUAGACAUUCUAAUUAAUAACGUCGGCAUCGGCAUUUGCAGCGAAAAACCCACCGAAGACGGCUUGAACUUGACUAUGCAAGUUAAUUAUUACAGCCCGUUUUUGUUGACGCAUUUACUUGUAGAUCUCCUAAAAAAAUCACAUCAAGGACGAGUACUUUUCACCGCCUCCAUAGCAUCCUACCUGCACAUACUACAUCAAGGAUCCAUAACAAGCAGCACCAUCAGGAACCCACCGUCCUUUUUCCGAGUGUUCGAUUAUCCGAACUCGAAAUUUUGCGAUGUGGUGGCUGCUAAAAUGUUCGCUAGAAAAUUGAAACGCUGGAAUAUCACAUCAAACGUGUACCAUCCAGGCCUGGCAAACACUUCAAUGUGGUCCACAUCGCAAAGCCAAAUGCACGGUAUUUUUGGAACAAUCACUUCUUAUAUUGCCUUGACGCCUAUUCAUGCAUUAUUUGGAAUUGAUGCGGACAGGGCUUGUCAAGCAGCCGUUGAGUUAUCUAUAUCUAAGGAAUUUAGCUAUGUGAGUGGAAUAUUCUUCGGAAAAUACUUCCCAAAUUUCGUUCCUCGAGCCACUGAUGACGAGGAAUUGUGCAGCAAAAUCUGGCAAGCCACCGAAAACAUCGUUAAACUUAAACCAGAAGAGAAACUGCAAUAGGUUUAAAUGCUCUCUUUAUGUUACUGUUAUUCGACAAUAAAAUAAUAUCCAACCACUUUGUUGCUCGAGUUCUUGAACCCUCUGCUGCGACGCCA